AGCUGUGAAGCUUGAAGGAAACCAACAGAACUUCUGCUUAAACAGAGGAGCGAGGGCACGUUUAUGACUGACUGUGGUGAUGAUGAUUUGUCAACAGAACUCUGAACAAGGUGAAGCUGCUGCCUCUCAGCAUGAAAAACCAAACAGGAAGUCAAAUCAGCUUCUCUGGGCUCUGCUGGCUGCUGCUCUCAUCAUUAUCUACAGACUCGCUUUUGAUAAAAUUAGAACCAAUAAAACUCUCCAAACCCUGAAGGAGGAGAAAGGAGCUCUACAGGAGGACAACAAGGUUCUAAGUGAGGAGAAUGAAGCUCUGAGAAAACACAUCUCAGGUGAGAGUGUCUGGUUUGAAAGAGUCCAGAAGGUUCAGCCUGGAGGUCUGAUUCAGGCCUGUCAGGAUGAUCAUGUUUGGCUGAGGUCGGACAGAAACUGGGAGAAACACGGAGACAAGUGUUAUUAUUUCAGUAACAUUAUCUUACCCUGGAAAGGGAGCAGAAGUUUCUGUGAGGCUCUGGGAGCAGACCUGGUAAAGAUUGACAGCAGAGAGGAGCAGGAGUUCCUGGUGGAGAAAUUGAAAAACAUUGUGAUGGAUGGUAUUUGGGACGGUUUCUGGAUCGGACUGACAGACUCCGAGGUAGAAGGCAUCUGGACCUGGGUGGACGGAUCUCCACUGGACAGCAGAAUGAAGUUUUGGUUAAAAGGAGAGCCCAAUAAUGCUAAAACAAGCAGUGCAUCUGGAGAGGACUGUGCGAUGAUUGUGAAGAGAGAAGCUGAAGAUCUGAACACCUGGAUUGAUGAAACCUGUAGCCUUGUUCAUAAAAGUAUCUGUGAGAAACCAGCAGGAACUGGACCGAGUUCAUCUGUUUGUGGCUGAAGUUCAGUUCAGUCUCUGGAACAACCUGAGUCCAGGAUCCAGGAGGAGCAGAAAUUAUGUUUGUAGAAAGUUCAUCUCACUAACAGCUGAAGCUUCAUUUUAAAUGUAUGGAAGAGAAAAAUAUUAUAUUUUCUCACAUUUUCUUUUUCCUCCUUUAGCUAAAAUACAAAAGCCUAACCCAUAAAUAAAAAACAACAUUCAAUCAUAAAUUAGAGUAGAGACUGCUAUUUUGUCUAAAACAGAACUCUUGUUCGUUUUAAACAAGCAGAUGCGUGCAGUUCGAUCAGACUAAAUCUGAACGUUCCCGAAAGCUUACGAUAAGUGUUUAAAAGCUGUAGCGGAGAACGGGUGCCAUCUUUCCAGCCGGUGGCUGGCUGUUAGCGGUUAGCUCCCACUAACGUGAAGAAUGAAAAGGAGUCUCUGACUCGGAGACGCAGUGUCUCAACAAAGGGGCGAAUAAACGGUCAAACACACUCAAACACACAAUCAAACAACACAUUCACUUACUUUAGCAGUUAGGAUGUCUUUUAAACAGUCCCACAGACCUGUGGAUUAUCGCUGCAUCAGAAUUGCCGGAUGUUUAUGCUGGAUGUCGGUGUCACCAUAAAAGCUUCCCUCCUGGAAGUUUCCGGAGGAAGAAAAUUAAGGUGGGACACCUUCCGUUUUUAGUAAAAUAUUGAAAAUAAAACACAGAAAUAACGUUUUUAUUUAGGAAGAAUGGCUCCGGAUUAUUGAAUAAGACUGGGUUAUGCUCGCCAACUAUGUAGAGAAUUAAACUACACACUGGAAUCAACUCUGUUGCUAUUCAGUUGGAGAUUCCGAAAAAUGACCAAUCAGAUUAACCUAUGAGGCUUAGAUCAUGUAUAAAUAUCCCGGAUACUUAUAAAUCGAUCUAAGUUCAUACACCAACCUGUUUGGUCUUAUUUUAAUCCAAAGAUUAAAGAUUUAACGUUGUCGGAGUACCCUGCCCGGAGGGUUACCGGGGUCCCACCCUGGAGCCAGGCCUGGGGUUGGGGCCCGUAAGCGAGCGCCUGGUGGCCGGGCUUUCGCCCAUGGGACCCGGCCGGGC